CUGUAGGGGUUUGGUGGAGGGGGCGGAGCUUUCCGCCGACACGUCGACGUGAGGGGCGUGGUCAGAGCGUGGAGGCCGUUGAGAGGGGAGUUCUGACUGCGCAGUCCAGAGAUGGCACAGCUGUCGCCGGAAAGCGAAGAAGCGCCGCUUCCUGAGGAGGAAACUAAGGAAGAAGAUGGGCCAAUGGAAGAUACAAAAGAUCCCGAAGAAGCCCAGCUAUUUCAUACUGCAGGUGAUGCUGAGAAGGAAGCCCUUAAGAGUGAAAAAGAGAGAACGCCUAGAGACCCAGAGAGCUGUGACAUACCUUUUUACGUGUCUGAAUUUGUGGAAAGGGAGGUUGGCAUUGACUGCGAUUCAUUAAGCAAGCUUGGCAGACUUAUUGAGCAGCUGACAGAAAACAAAAUAAAGUUAGAAGAACAGGUGCUUACAGUUUCAUCUGAAGUUCCCAAAAGAAUUCAGCAGGCCUUACAGAAUGCAGAGGACUCUAAAUUGUCUCUCAGUCAACUUCUGGACAAGGAAAGCCUUUUAUAUGAUUCAAUUAAUAACCAUUUGUUGACAUCCCAGCCAUGGAUGGAGGAUCUUGGUUUACUGAUCAAUCAAGUAAAAGAAGUUGAACGGCACCUUGCUUAUUUAAAAUGGAUUUCACAAAUAGAGGAAUUAAGUGACAACAUUCAGCAAUAUCUUAUGACCAACAAUGUUCCAGAGGCUGCUACUACUUUAGCAUCUAUGGCUGAACUGGAUAUCAAGCUGCAGGAGUCAUCUUGUUCUCAUCUUCUUUCUUUUGUGAGAUCUACUGUUCAGUUCUGGCACAAGAUCCUGAAGGAUAGACUGUCAAGUGAUUUUGAGGAGGCUUUAACUCAUCUUCAUUGGCCAUUUGUUGGACCAGCACAAUCCCAGCCUUUUGGCUUGACUGGAGCACCCACCAAUGCUGUUGAGAUAUAUAGUAACUUUGAGAUGCUCUUUUCUCAACUCCUGAAACUGCAAAUUUCAGAUGAACUAUUAACCAAACCAAAGCAGCUUCCAGAAAAGUACCUUCUUCCUCCCACUCCACCUGUUAUAUUACCCAUACAGAUUAUGGUGGCUCCUCUUCAGAAAAGAUUCAAGUAUCAUUUCACAGGGAAUAGGCAAACAAAUGUUCUAAGCAAGCCUGAAUGGUACCUAACCCAGGUGCUCAUGUGGAUUGGAAAUCAUGCUAAGUUUCUUGAUGACAAAGUCCAACCAAUAUUGGACAGGGCAGGCUCUCCAGUCAGUGCAAGAUUGGAGUUUUCCCGAGCUUUGGUGAUGGUGAUCCUGGAGAAGUUGGCUGCUGACAUUCCUUGCUUGUUGUAUGAUGACAGCCUCUUCUGUCACCUGGUGGAUGAGGUACUUCUGUUUGAGAGAGAGCUGCACGGUGUUCAUGGAUAUCUCAGCAGCUUUCCCAGCUGUAUGCACAUUUUAUCAGAAGAAACCUAUUUUCAAAGAUGGUUAACUGUGGAAAGAAAAUUUGCUCUUCAAAAGAUGGACUCCAUGCUUUCAUCUGAAGCUGCCUGGAUAUCACAGUACAAAGAUAUCACUGAUGUAGAUGAAAUGAAAGUUCCAGACUGUGCUGAAACUUUUAUGACUUUGCUACUGGUUAUCACAGAUAGGUAUAAGCACCUUCCUACUGCUGCUAGAAAGCUCCAGUUCCUAGAAUUGCAGAAAGAGUUGGUGGAUGACUUCAGGAUAAGACUAACUCAGGUUAUGAAGGAAGAGACCAGAGCACCUUUAGCUUUCCGGUACUGUGCAAUCCUAAAUGCUGUCAACUACAUAGCAACUGUAUUAGCAGACUGGGCUGACAACCUUUUCUUCUUGCAGCUUCAGCAGGCUGCAUUGGAGGUUUGUGCUGACAGCAGUGCACUGAGUAAACUACAGCUUGGACAACUGGCUUCGAUGGAAAGCUCUGUGUUUGAUGAUAUGAUUAACCUUCUGGAGCGUCUAAAACAUGAUAUGCUGACUCGUCAAGUAGAUCAUGUCUUCCGAGAAGUCAAAGAUGCUGCCAAAAUGUACCGAAAAGAAAGGUGGCUGUCUCUGCCGUCUCAGUCUGAACAGGCAGUAAUGUCCUUGUCAGCCACUGCCUGCCCAUUGCUGCUUACCUUGAGAGACCAACUGCUACAGCUAGAGCAGCAGCUUUGCUACUCAUUGUUCAAAAUCUUCUGGCAAAUGCUUGCAGAGAAGGUGGAUUUGUUCAUUUAUCAGGAAAUAAUUCUGGCCAAUCACUUCAAUGAAGGAGGAGCAGCACAACUACAGUUUGACAUGACCAGGAAUCUUUUCCCUUUAUUUUCACAUUAUUGCAAGCGGCCAGAGAAUUAUUUUAAACAUAUAAAGGAGGCUUGUAUUGUACUGAACUUAAAUGUUGGCUCAGCCCUGCUUUUGAAGGAUGUGCUACAGUCAGCUGCUGAUAACAGAAGUGGAACCAUCUUGAAUUCAAAUCUGCCUACAGCUGUAGCAGCAUUAAAUGAACUUGGAAUCUAUAAAUUGGCUCAACAAGAUGUUGAGAUUCUUCUUAAUCUGAGAACUAAUUGGCCUAGUACUGGGAAAUAAGCACACUUAUAGACUGGAAACACUAAUCCUUAGAGUAUUCUGUGAAAAAAACAAAUCCAAACUUUUCUGUGCUUUUAAGUUAUGUAGUAUGUUACAUUACAUGCUAAUU